AGAAGUUGAAAUAUGCGAAAUGGUUUUUUAAUCUGUGCUUUACUACUAGCUAUAUUCACCAUAGUGAAAUCUGGAUCUUUGGAAGAGAAUGCCAAUAUCAUUCAAGAUUUCUGCUCCCUCGUUGUGGCUGAUGGCGCAAAACAAAGAGCACAUUCUAAGGUCUGCCGGCUUCUCAUGUGGCGCAAAAUAAUAAAAAGAUCUGAAGAGCUGUUGGGAGAAGAAAGGGAAGAUUUCUCAGAAGCCAAAGAACCAGUCAAGUUUUACCUGCGAGUGGCAAAGCAAGACCAGUUAAAGAAAAAAGACAACUUUUACCUAAGAAUGGCCAAAAGAGAACAAACCCCGAAACAGGACCAGCCAAAGAGAAACGGUUUUUACCUAAGAAUGGCUAAAAAAGAUAAUAAUGCAGAAGAACAUAGUUCUAACUUACAAAUGUCAAAGUCAGAACAGCAGGAGAACGAUGGCACAUUCUUUAUGCCAAUGGCAAAAUCUGAGCAGCCGGUAAAUGAUGGCAGAUUUUACUUAAGAAUGGCAAAAUUUGAAAAACCGGUAAAAGAUGCCAAAAUCUAUCUUCCAAUGGACAAAUUAGAACCGCAAGAAAAAGAUGCUCAAUUUGACAUUCAGAUGCCAAAAUCUAAGCAACAAGUAAAAAAAGUUCCAUUCUUCAUGCGGAUGGCAAAAUCAGAACAGCCCCCAGUAAAAGAUGGCCAAUUCUACUUGCGAUUGGCAAAAUCUGAGCAGCCAGUAAAAGAUGGCCGAUUCUACAUGCGAAUGGCAAAAUCAGAGCACCCCCAAGUAAAAGAUGGCCGAUUCUACAUGCGGAUGGCGAAAUCAGAACAGCCCCCAAUAAAAGAUGGCCGAUUCUACUUGCGAAUGGCAAAAUCUGAGCAGCCAGUAAAAGAUGGCCGAUUCUACAUGCAGAUGGCGAAAUCAGAACAGCCCCCAGUAAAAGAUGGCCGAUUCUACAUGCGGAUGGCAAAAUCAGAGCUGCCAGUAAAAGAUGGGCGAUUCUACAUGGGGAUGGCGAAAUCAGAACAACCCCCAGUAAAAGAUGGCCGAUUCUACAUGCGGAUGGCAAAAUCAGAGCAGCCGGUAAAAGAUGGCCGAUUCUACAUGUGGAUGGCAAAAUCAGAACACCCCCCUGUAAAAGAUGGCCGAUUCUACUUGCGGAUGGCAAAAUCAGAACAACCCCUAGUAAAAGAUGGCCGAUUCUACUUGCGGAUGGCAAAAUCAGAACAACCCCAAGUAAAAGAUGGCCGAUUUUACAUGCGGAUGGCAAAAUCAGAACAGCCUUUACUCCAAAACAAUUCUGAUUUCACUGCAGCAAAUCUAGAAUAUCCACUAAGAGGUGCCAAGUUUUAGCUGAUUACAUGAAAAAAAGAAAACAUCGAGAAAAUGGCUGAAGAUAUUCUUUUAGGUAAUAGAAACAAUUAAGGACAAACACAAACCCUGAAAAUUAUUACUGGAUUUCAUGGAUUUCAUGGAUUUUGUUGAUUAAAAAUUUAAAGCUUUUAAAUAUUUAAUCUCAUUUGUAUAUGACAAUACAAAAAUUGAACAAACCUCUAAAUUGUAAUAUAGCUAAUGGUCUAAACUUACAUAAUAAAAGAGUUAGAGGUCUAGAAAAAUUAUAUUGAUUAUAGACACAUGCAUUUAUUCUUUAAAUUUAAACUUACACAAUAUUUCACCUCAAUUAAAAUGUCGCUUCCUUACCUUGUUAAGCUAAUAACGUCUUUGUUUACGGCUGAUUUUAUCCAUAUACAGUGUAUGGUAAAUACAAUCGGUUGAUUUCGCCCAUAGAGUGUUCGUACAAUUAUCUAAUGUUCAAGUUUUACAGUUUCCCAGAUGUAUUAGGAUGUUUUUAUUAGAAAAUAUAAUCUAUUUAUGUUUCAUU